CCUCCUCCUCCUCCUCCUCCUCCUUCUAUCCCCUACCAAUUCCUUCCAAUAUUAUAUACUCUUCUCUAUCUUUCUAAUCUAAGCUUUGUGAUGGCUAAGGAAUAAUGAGGAUGAAGGUCUCCUACUCCAUUAAUAAUGACUCAAGCUCUUCAUGCUGUGAUCUCUUGUGCAAUGAGGAGGCUGAAACACUAAGUGAUCAAGAGAUCAUCAUGCCAGAAUACACCCAUCAAGUGGAGUGCUACUUCCCUGAGGAUUCAAAUGAGUCCAUAGCUGAGUUCAUUGAAGGGGAGGCAAGUUACUCACCUGCCAAUGACUAUCUUGAAAGGUUCAGGUCUAGUUCUUUAGAUUCCUUGGCUAGACAGAACUCUGUCUCUUGGAUCCUUAAGGUUCAGGCUUAUUACCAUUUCCAACCUCUCACUGCUUAUCUUGCUGUUAACUAUAUGGACAGGUUCCUCUCUAGCCACACUUUGCCUCAAGUGAAUGGUUGGCCUUUACAGCUAUUGGCUGUCUCUUGCUUGUCUCUUGCUGCAAAGAUGGAAGAAACUCACGUACCAUCUUUAGUCGAUCUUCAGGUUGAGGAUGCAAAAUUCGUUUUCGAGUCAAGGGUAAUACGGAGAAUGGAACUCCUAGUACUCACCGCACUUAAAUGGAGGCUUCGAUCGGUAACACCAUUCACAUUCAUCGACUUCUUCGCCUACAAAGUGGAUCCUAGUGGAUUAUAUACAAGAUACUUAGUCUCUCAUGCAACUCAAAUCAUUCUCUCAACAAUCAUAGAUGUUGAUUUCUUGAAUCAAUGCCCAUCAUCAAUGGCAGCAGCAGCCAUAAUUUGUGUUGCAUCAGAGUCCCAACAUCUCAAUUUCAUCAACCCUUCAAUGGCUGUCAAAUGGUGCAUUGGCCUCACUAGGGAAGGAAUAAACAAGUGUUAUAGGCUAAUGCAAGAAGUAGGAACAGACAAUACACUGAGAAAGACACUGAAGAUAGUCCCAUACUUGCGAGUAACUAUCCCUGCAACAAGCAUAAGUUCUAUGUCUUCAUCUUCAUCUUCAUCUUUGUCAUUACCAAACAAAAGAAGAAGGCUAAAUAAUAACAAUUUAGAUGAAGAUGAGAGCAAAGAAAGCUCAGAAAAAUAAUGGUUAAAACUUAAACUUCCACAUUUUCAUAAUCCAAGACCAAAGAUUUUCCUC